UUUUCCCGAGAAACCCUAACCAUCCGAAUGUGCUAUCGUAGCUGCAUUCUUGCACUCCAAUGACGCGUCGGUGUUGUCGGAUUCCGUGAUAUCACUGGCGAUUAAGGUCCAAUCUUCAUCAAUCCGUUGUUGUAUUGUAGUAGAACUUGUGUUCUUGAAAGUGUAUAAAAUUGAUCUUUGCUGAACUGGCAUUUUUGCUUGAUGUCAUUGUGAAUGAAGUAUAGGCAUUUGUUAGGACUAGAAUGAGUGAAUGUGGUGAAAGUAGAUGGAGUAGCAGUCUGGACAAAUUGUGGUUUGAGUUUUUGCAAGAAUGACUUGACUUUUAUGUAGACAAUGUAUGGUUUCAGAAGACAUAAUGAAGAAUAUGUAGGUGGCUUGAAGGAGGCAUUUGGCAUAACUUCAUUUUGGAAAUUCAGCUUAAAGUGUUUGGCUAAUGGAGCACUAUGAUAUGCAAAGACAAAGAAGGGAUACGAAAAACAAAGGAAGGAAUGUUGUGUGGUCAAUUGCGAUGGAUAAGUGUCUAAUUGAAGCCCUGGCAGUUCAGGCAAAAAGUGGAAACAAAAUUGACAAAUGUUUCAAUGAAAAUGCCUACACAGCAGCCUGUGUGGCUGUAAACACUCGCUUCAACUUGAAUUUGAAUAGUCAGAAAGUUAUCAACCGGUUGAAAACAAUUAAGAAGAGGUAUAAAGUAAUAGGAGAUAUGCUAAGUCAGGAUGGUUUCUGGUGGAACCCAAAUUCAAAGAUGAUAGAGUGUGACAGUGAUGAGCUCUGGAAGAAAUACGUUGCGGCAAAUCCUGAUGCAAGAGGACUUCGUGGAAAGCAGAUAGAGAUGUAUGAUGAACUUAAAAUUGUUUGUGGAAAUUAUCAAGCCCCAAGUCGUUGGGCUAGGAUGAAGAGGGGAAGCCAUCUAAUGAACACGAAGAAUUGCGGGGAUGAAUCAGCCUCCUUUGCUUCUCCCAGUUCAGAAGACAUGAGUGAGACAGAUGGAACUGAAUCAUAUACUGGACCUCCAGAAUUUGGCCAGAUGCCAGAUGGUUUUCAAGAGCCUCCUGUGGGCCAGCCUGUAAGACAACUUCCAAAACGGUCUCGUGGCUCAGAUGGUCUUCAGGAUGCUUUAAUGACUGUAGCAUCAAGCCUCCGACGUUUGGCUGAUGCUAUGGAGCAAAGCAAGUCCUCAGUUGAUGCAAGUGAGCUAUUACAGGCUGUGAUGGAGAUAGAUGGAUUGGAAGAGGGUAAACAGAUGUAUGCUUUUGAAUAUUUGAAUGCUGAUCCUGUUAAAGCCAGAGCCUUCCUCACAUAUAAUGCUAGAAUGAGAAAGAUAUACCUGUUUAGACAGUUUUCGUGGUGGAGAUGAGGGUGAUCAUGUCUUGAA